UUCCUCCGUAGACGCCACUGCAUAGUUUGGCCUUCCUCACUGACCGGCGGCGCUCAAGUCCGUUAGCUAGGCCGGAAGUGGAGACCCAAGCACCCUACCGGCAGAGCCGGAAGUGCGAUAGGGAGGUGCAAACUGGCCGGAAGCCGAGCUCCGGACACGCCCACCUGCCGGAAGCGCCGGAGGUGUAUCUCAAAACAGGGUUGCUCUUUGACAGGAUCGCUGCGUAGGCGGACGGACGGGCGGUGUGGUCAGCGCGGAGGCUGAGGGCCGGAGUCGGCAUGGCAGAGGGCGGGAGCCCCGAAGGGAGGGCUGGCCCAGGGCCCGCAGGUCCUAACCUGAAGGAGUGGCUGAGGGAGCAGUUCUGUGACCAUCCCCUAGAGCACUGUGAAGAUACAAGGCUCCAUGAUGCAGCCUAUGUAGGGGACCUCCAGACCCUCAGGAACCUAUUGCAAGAGGAGAGCUACCGGAGCCGCAUCAAUGAGAAGUCUGUCUGGUGCUGUGGCUGGCUCCCCUGUACACCACUGAGAAUUGCAGCCACUGCAGGCCAUGGGAACUGUGUGGACUUCCUCAUACGCAAAGGGGCCGAGGUGGACCUGGUGGAUGUCAAGGGGCAGACUGCCCUGUAUGUGGCUGUAGUGAAUGGACACCUGGAGAGCACUGAGAUCCUUUUGGAAGCUGGCGCUGACCCCAACGGCAGCCGGCACCACCGCAGCACUCCUGUGUACCAUGCCUCUCGAGUGGGUAGGGAUGACAUCCUGAAGGCUCUCAUCAGGUAUGGGGCGGAUGUUGAUGUCAACCAUCACCUGACUCCUGACACCCGGCCCCCUUUCUCAAGGCGGCUUACUUCCUUGGUGGUCUGCCCUCUGUACAUCAGUGCUGCCUACCAUAACCUUCAGUGCUUCCGGCUCCUCCUGCAGGCUGGGGCAAAUCCUGACUUCAAUUGCAAUGGCCCUGUCAACACACAGGAAUUCUACAGGGGCUCCCCUGGGUGUGUCAUGGAUGCUGUCCUGCGCCAUGGUUGUGAGGCGGCCUUCGUGAGCCUGCUGGUAGAGUUUGGAGCCAACCUGAACCUGGUGAAGUGGGAAUCACUGGGCCCAGAGGCAAGAGGCAGAAGGAAGAUGGACCCUGAGGCCCUGCAAGUCUUUAAAGAGGCCAGAAGUAUUCCCAGGACCUUGCUGAGUUUGUGCCGUGUGGCUGUGCGAAGAGCUCUUGGCAAAUACCGACUGCAUCUGGUUCCCUCGCUGCCGCUGCCAGACCCUAUAAAGAAGUUUCUGCUUUAUGAGUAGGAUUCAGAUGCAGUGUUGGCUGCCGUGAGGACUCCGAUCAUCUGCGGUGAAGUUGACACAGACUCCUGCAUACUGUGAACUGGGUCCUGCGCUGCCGGCUUGUUCCCUGGCUGUCUGUGAAGAUGAAACGUUGGAUUGUGGUUCCGUCUCAGGUGCUUGGGCCAUCGAACACUCCUUGAGUCAUCGUCAACCGAGAGGCGCAUACAAACUUACUUUUGUUCUUCAAUAUCUCUGUUUUGGAUUUGUACUGUUAUAUGUUAAUGAAAUGGGCUGUGAAAUGUGUGCAGUGUGGGGUGAGUUUGCAAGCCUCGUGGUAGCCCUGGUGGGGAAAGCUUGUAUUUUCCAGAGUUAUGCUUCUAUUUAUGUUCCUACUUUGCAAUUGGAUUGUUCUCUUAAGUUCUGAUAUCCAAACAAGAAGUUGUGGUAAGAAAACAUGCAGGGAGCAGAGAUGCAGUUCCUGCACUUGCUAGUCUGUUUUUCUGCCCGCAUUUGUCUGUCUGUGCUGUCAGAUGCAUAGCCCUUCUUGCCGCUGCCACACCCUCUCAGGAGUAUCUUCCUCCAGGAUGGUUUCUUGGCUGCAGACACUGCCUCCAGGGAGGUCCCAGCACAGCCUCUGCAGUGUAGCACCUGUCCUGGUAGGGUUUUCUGAUGGAUGUCUCACCCUGGGGAUCUUCAGAUUGUGAUUCCCUUUAGGAGGCCCACCUGGAACUAGCUGGGAAGUGACCGCCCACAUUCAGACCAGGGAUCAUCCCAAUAGCACUCACUGCCAGUCCUCCCAGGAUAAGAUGACACUGGGGUGCUCCAUGCAGAAAGUGGGAACUGUAUCGGCCACCUGGGUGGCUCCAGGCUCCAGCUGCUUGGUGCCCACCAGGCUGUUCCUCCCUCUUUCUGGUCCAGUGCCUUUGUGGGCACUCCUAGAGCUCUUUCCCCGUCUUGCCCAGGGUUGUUGGUGAGCGAGAGAGAUGAGCUUGUUGCAGGUGUGAGGGUCAUGUGCACGUGGGUCAGGAACUAUGCAUUACCUUGAGCAUCCUCAGGUUGCUCCUGUUUUGGUAAAGUUGUAUUUUGUCGUUUUGAGCCUCUUAGGACUGUUGUAUGGAUCUGUGCUGAUUGUAGACUUGAGAAUAUUUAGGCACAAGCAGAUGUUAAAUCUGUUUAGAUUUUGGCCGUAAAAGAAAUCUAACUUGUAAUGAUACUUUACUGUUGUACCAUUGUGUGGCUUAGCUGACCAGACGGACAGUGAUGGUCUUUGUAUUUUGUGGAUGGAUUUCCAAACCCCGUCCUAGUGUCUCAGAAUGGCCCUGUGCAGCAGCAGCAGCACCAGCCGAUCCAAAUGCACUACAUGGAGUUCUAGUGGGCCUUGCCCAGCCCUGGCCAGUGAGUACUGUCUCUGGGGAGAGAGUGAGCUGGGCCGGAGCCUGCUCCUCCCCAGCCUUCCCCAGCUGUUCUGUAGGUGGCCCAGGCCUCAGCUCUUCACUGGGCCAUGAGUAGCUUCCCCUGUGCUAGGCUUUUCAGAAUCUCAGCACUGUGAGGUUCUGCUGCUUGUUCAAAACUUCCAGCUGGUGAACCUGAAUGUGAAAUGGCAUUGGUGCUGACUGAGGACAUUCUUCCUUGUUUCCAGUAGCACUGUGAAAGCACCACGUUUGGUUGUUACCAAGGAUGAGGUACAGGGUAGGAAAGAGCAGCACUAUUGCCGUGAGCAGCUCCGGUUCAUGAGAGGCACCAUGGGAAGUUGAUGUGGCCUUGGUGAGGACUGCCGCUUUACUUGGCAGACUUGAGCUCUUGAGUACCUGGGUAUCUAGCAUGCAAAUGUGUCAGACCUGAUGAAACUACUGCCUUCUGGUUGAGCUGGCCCUGCUCAACCAGAGGGAAGGAGCCUGAAGGCUGUCCCUGCUCAUCGGAGGGGUGUCUGUGUGAUGGUUGCUAUUCCUGGGGUGGCCUCUUUAUUUAAACAGAGGCUUGUGCCUUGAGUUAGCCAGGCAGGCUGGAGUUUAGCUAGUGCUGAUGCCUCAGAAUUUGGUGUGCUUUUAGACAUAUUUCCAGAAAUCUACCAUUGUCAUACAUUUUGUAGCUAUUUUACUUGUAAUGUUUGCUUGCUUGCUUGCUUGCUUUAUUUAUUUAUUUAUUUAUUUAUUAUUUAUUUAUUUAUUCAUGCUCUUCUUCCAUAAAAGGGCUUAAGGUGGAGAUUCUUUUUUUUUUUUUUUUUUUUUUUAAGAUUUAUUUAUUUAUUGUGUAUACAGUGUUCUGUCUGCACACCAGAAGAGGGCACCAGAUCUCAUUAUAGAUAGUUGUGAGCCACCAUGUGGUUGCUGGGGAUUGAACUCAGGACCUCUGGAAGAGCAGCCAGUGCUCUUAACCUUUGAUCCAUCUCUCCAGCCUCCUCUUGUUUUGUUUUGAUACUAGGUAAAUUUAGACGAAAAUACUUGUUAGGUAGGUAAUUAGCAAUUUUCAAAUGUUGACCAUUUCUGUUGUUGGGCUUAAGGACCAUCAGUUUCAGAGUUUUCCCUCUGCUCUUUUGUGCAUGAUUUUUCAAUAUAAAACUUUUUCUGAAAGAAAAAGUAAUGACUAUGGUUCUGAGCAGAGGAAAACAUGCCUGAGAGCUACCCUGCCCUGCCCUGCCCUGCCCUGCCCUGCCCUGUCUCAGCCAGUUCCUGGGGCUGUGCAGGCCCCACUGCGGACAGGAGGACCUUCCCGCUGUGCUGUUCAGUGGACUCUAGUGAGGUCCUGUGAAAGUCGACACAGGCGAGGACUUUGGGAGUGGGCUCUGUCACGCGGGAAUGACCUCGAGGAAGUGCACUUACGGUGGUGACAGUGCUGAGAGCCGGAGGUCUGGAGAUGCAGGGCUGACCUCUGGUGAGGCCCACAGCUCUCAUCCCAGGAGAGCUGUGCAGGGGGAAGGCUAAGGACAGCAUGUAAUACUCGAGGAAAUCACAUUUCCUUAGCUGACUGGAUUGUCUUUAGUCUGCCUUCAUCUCUUCCUGACAAAUAACGGAAUGUCCGCUUGAAGGUGGUGGUGCGGGGCUAGGUCUUUGCAUUUAAAUCACUCUUGAUUGCAAUCCACAGAAGGUUUUUGGUUUUUUCCAAGUUUGCUUGUUGCUGAAAUCCUGGCACAAUCGGGUGGUAGUGGAUGUUACAAACUAAUGAGAAGUUUUGGGAUCUUAAAUAGCCUGCCUGCAUGGUAGUGAAAGACAUUGCAGCUUUCCCACUGCCUGGGGUCCAAGGGUAAUCUCUAGGAUCACUGCGAAUGGCCUGAGAAGUCUGGAUAUGCUUUUGAUGGACCUCUACCACCCCAAAUUCAUGAGGCCACCCACAGGAAGUCAGUGUGACCUUUUUGGUGAGGAGUGCUUGUCCCCCACUCAGGCCUUGGGAACCAGUGGCACCAAGGAUGCUAGAAGAGCCAUUACUGCUUGCCCACUGGGCACUUGGUGACUAAUCCCGGCCUGAGGGGUCUAAUGACUUUCCUUCAUCACAGUGGUUCCUGGAAGUGCCUCUUGGCGUGGGAGCUCCUUUCUUGCCCUUGCUCAUUUCCACCUCGCUGCUCUCCUUCCCACACCCCUUGUGUGCAGUAAAGUGGUGGGUACAUGUGCAUAACUGAUUUGGGACUUGCGGUCAUUCCAAGAAGGCCCCACAGAUGGGAACAUACAAGUUUUGAAGUGGACAGUGAUUUGUGGAGCAUUUGCUAUACGCUCUAGCCUGACAGGAUGAUGAAGUGAGGAGGAUCCAGGGGAACUUCCAUGCCUGACACUCAGUGUCAGGAAUGCACCCCGAUCCUGUGCAUGUGAGGCGAGCACUCUACCGCUGAACUGUGUCUUCAGCCUCUUGGUUUCUUAGAUUAACCAAGUAAUGGGAGGAUGUUUGCAAAUCUGACUUGAGCUGGGCCUGUGAGAACAUAGCUUGCUUGUCCGUGCAGCCAGCCCUGCUCUCCCUGCAGUGUCUGCCCAGCUUCCGCUGCUGCUGCUGGUGGUGUUGGGCGUGUGCAGUGUCUGCGCUGGGGUCUGUGUGCUUGUGCUGCAGACAUACUCACUACCACCCUCUUUCCUAAUUGGGGUGAGUGUGUGUGCUUGUUUGCAGUGGCCAGGACAGAUUGUUUUUGCCCUUGUGCCUAGUUAAGAGCUUUCAAAAAUACAAUGACAUUUUUGAUAUAUUGUUAUAAUAAAUGCUUUAUUGCUCUCUGAUUUCCUUCCAAAAUGCCUUAAUUUUGUGGCCUGUGUCUCAUUGGGUAGAAGCUUCCUCCACAUGCAGUCUUUUAUUUGCAUUCAUUCAUUCAUUCAUUCAGUCAGUCAUUCAGUCAUUGUGUGUGAUGUGUAUGUUUGUGUGUGCACACAUUCCUGUGUAAGCUGUGGUGUGGAUGUGGAGAUCAAAGGACAACUUAUGGGAGGUGGUUCUCUCCUUCUACCCUGUGGGUUCCAGGCAUUGAACCCAGAUAGUCACAUGGUGGAAAGUGCCUUUAUCCUCUGAGUCUUGUUACCGGCCCCCAUGUGCAAUUGUGUGCACAGUUCGAGUAGAAAGGACUGACUCCUGCAGUUUCCUGUGACUGCAGAGAAGGCUCUGACGCAGGAGCUUACAGCUGUUCGGGAGAUCUUGGGGCUGCAGAGAGGAACCCAUAGUGUUGCCCAGGAUUAAACUACCUAGCACCCUGUUUGACCUGGUGGCUCUAGUUCCUGGAUUGAAGAGAGUUGCAUCUCACAGCUUUCCAGCCAGUAGCAUUGUACAGUGUUCUGUGCUGUGCGGACGUGGUGGACACUGCCAUUUUCUGUCCCAUGUUAUAUGUGACUUAUUUUGCCUGUUUGACGGUAAAGAUGUGCAAUUUGAGAUAAGCCUGGAGAGAAUGAACUGAAUAAAGGUAUUCCUUCAUCUUGA